AUGAAAUUAAAUAUUUCAGGAACAUCUAUUAACACUAAAUCAUCUCUUAAUACAAAAAAAGAAUAGGAUAUUAAGAAUCUAAAAUAGAAUGAUGAUCAUAUCUUUUUUGAUCUAACAGAAUUUUAAACAUCUGAUUCAAACACACCAUUAAGUAUUUAACUGAAAGAAACUACUAUAACUAAUUAAUAACAAAAUAAACAUUUUUUCCCAUCCAAACCAAUUUUAUCAGAAAAUAAAUUACCACCUUUAAAUUCUAGAUAUCAUUUAGUAUAAGAAAUUUCAAGAGAAUAGAUUAUAAAAAAGAAACUAUUUAAAGAAAAUUAUUCUGUAAUGUCUUUACCUUCCGCAUAAUCCUUAUUUUCUUCUAAAAGUCAAUCAAUUGAUUAUUAGAAGCUAGGAUCAGAAAUAGUUAAUGCUCCAAAUUCUUAAGAUUAUUAUAAAUUUUAUAAACAUUCAAAAAAAUGUUUAGAUAUCCAAUCAUUUAAUGAAACUCCAAAUAAUAUUUAUGUAAAUUUAAAUAAAGCUAUGGAAUAAUAAUAAUGUAUGCCAAGAAAAAUGUAAAUUAUUGAUAAUCAUAAUAAAAAAGAUAUUAGUGUUGCUGGUUAAUUAAGUAGUCAAUAAUAUAUUAAGAUGUUUGCUGCAGGAUUAGCAUCAUCAACAUUUACUCAAUUAGAAAGACUUAAUUUGAGUUCAAAUAAUCUUAAUAAUGAAGAUUUGGAAAUUAUUUUGGAUCAAUUACCAAAAUCUGUUUAAUGUUUGGAUUUUAAAAAUAAUAAGAUCUCUAAAAAUGGAUGCUUAUUUUUAUAAAAGUUACUAUUAAAACAACAUUAAUUUUUAAUUGAACUUAAUUUAGAAAACAAUUAAAUUGGAGAUUAAGGCUUAAAAUAUUUAAUUGAUUCAUUGUAAAAUAAUAAAUGUUUAAGAGUUCUUAAUUUAUCUCAUAAUUAAAUUUAAGAUUCAAUAAUGGAAUAAUUUGGAAAAAUGAUGAAAAAAGUAUAUAUAAAUAUAUUAUUAAUAAUAGAAUAAUAUCAUAUAGGAAUUAUAUUUACAUUACAAUAAAAUAACAUUUAAUGGAGGUAUAUUCUUUUUCAAAGGAUUAAGCAAGAAUACAGUAUUGAAAGUUUUGGAUAUUUCAUUUAAUAAAUUAGGAGGAAAUAAAGAUUGCACUAAUGAAAUAUGUAAUUUGAUUGCCAGACCUCAUCCUGAAUUAAUUCACUUAGAUUUAUCACACAAUGAUUUCAAAUCUAUGGAUUCUUAAAAAAUAGCAAAUGAAUUAGAGUUCAAUAAAAUUAUAUAUGGAUUUCAUUUUGAAGGUAAUUCAAAUUAUCAAAUAAAUCAUAAAGGAUAUCUCAAAGAAUAAAAAAAUAAAAAAUUAGUAACUGAAUCAUAAUAAGAUGAUAUUAAUAUAGAAGAAUAAGAUAAAAAACAACUUGAAAUAAAAAUGUAAUAAAUGGAAUAGUAAACUUAAAAGAAAAAAAAUGAAUUCAUAAGAAUUUAAAGUGUAGAUAUAGUAAAUUUAUAGUUAGAAAAUUGUUGGAUUUGUUAAGGUUGGGUUGAAGUUCUAUUUUAAUGGAAACCACAUAAAUCUGGACUCAUAGAUGAAGAUCCAAUAUUUAUUCAUCUUGAAUUUGAAGAUUAUUAACCAUCAUUUAUGUAAAAAACACCUGAAGGAAACUUUAUAUUACAUAGAAUGUGUCCACCCAAUCAAACAAUCAGAUAUUUCUUUAGUAAUCCAAUAUAAAAUGUCUAAGUUUAUGCUAAAGAUUAAAAGACUAUCUAAACUUAAGCUCAUUCUUAAUUAAGAAAUUUUGGUGUACAAAUGGAAUAUUCAAAUGGUAAAGUAUUAUAAAGUUAACCAUUACAUACUGUUAAUAUGAUUCAAACAUCAUAAUCUGCUCCAAUCUUUGAUAAAAAGAAACAUUAUCUAGCUAAUAUUCAAUGUAAACCAAGAGAACUUGAGAAAAUAGUUGAAUUUGAUGUUGAAUUGGCUAAGAAAAGAAAAUGGACUUUAGAUAAUUCAAUUUUCAAGGAUUUCGAUGAAGAUACAGAAGUGCAUUUAGAAUAAUGUUUGGAAGCAGAUUUAGAGAACAGUAAAAUAUUAAGGCAUUUAAUCAAUCAUAAUGAGAUUAAUCCUCUAAAAGUAUAUUGAAUUGAUUUAUUUAUAGGAAUAAUUAAAGAAGUAUUACAAAUACAUAAUUUCAUGCUAUAAAUAUUUAGCAUCAUAAUAAUGUGAAUAAGAUUUUCCAAGAAUAAAUAUUUAAACAAUAUAAGGUUUUUAUUAUCAAUCUAAAAAUAAUCAAUUGAUUAAAUAAGUAGAUUGGGAAAUCUGUUUAAUUAGUACCAUAGUUAUUAAAGACUUUAAAUCUUAAUUUAUUUAAGAAAGAUCAUUAGUUAGACAUCAAUUUCUAGAAUUAUUAAUUAGAUUAGCAAAGGAAACUUAUGUUAAAUAAGGAAAUUGUUAAAGUAUAGCUUAAGGAUUUGAAAAAAUGAUGUAAGGAUAAACAGGAUAAUUUGGUUUUAUUUUAGAUUAUGGUUGCUCUCAAUAGUGGAGAAAUGAGAGAUAUUGGACAUAAAUUAUGGAUAUGACAAUUCGAUUAAAAUUGCCAUUUCUUAAAUAAUUAUUUUCUUAUACAUCUAACUUUUCAAAUAAACCAAAUGCAAAAGAAAAAUUUAUUUCAUUUUAAGAUUUAAUGAUCUUACUCUAAAAUUCUGAAUUUUUACCUAAUUUAAUAAGUGAAUAAUAACUCUAUUUUAUUUAUUUACAAUCUAUCAUGAUGUAAGUAGAUGAAAUAACUUAAAAGAGACACUUUGAAAUGCAAUUUAUUGAGUUUAUAGAAGCUUUAGCUAGAAUUGCAGAGUUUAUAUCACCAAAUUCAAAUAAUUAUUAGAUUAAAUAGUUAAAUGCUAAAUAAAGAAGAACUCUACCUUUAUAUAUAAAAUUUGAAGGUAAAAUUAUAUUUAAUAUAUCAUAGGUCUAUUGUAUAUAUUGUUUUAUAGAAUAAAAAGAUUUGAUGUAGAUAUUAAUCUUAUAGAAAAAAGUGUAAUUAAGAGUCAUGAGAUAAAAAAAUUAGGAAUCUUUAUUGAAGAUAAUUAUAGUAGUAGUAGCAGCGGAGAAGAAGAUAAUGAAGUCUCAAAUUUAAGAUUAUCAUAUACAGAUCCAUAAAACAUUAUUAAUAGAAUGCUUUAUGAUGAUGAAUGUAGGUUAAGUUUUAAAGAUACAAUGAGUAACUAAAGUAGUGGAAAGAAAAGAAAGAAUUCAAUAUAAAAAUAAGAUUCUAUCACUUUAAAACGAAGUUUGUUAAGAAGAAAUACAUUUUAAAAUUAAUUGCAAUAAAUAAAAAUUGCUUAAUUAGAAAAUGAAAUGGCUGAAUUAGCUGAAUAUGAAGAGAGUACUCCUUUAAAUAAGUUAAGAAUUCAAAAUCGUAAGAUUACAAGGUCAAAAUAUGAUAUUGUUCUUUGA